UCGAGGGAUGGAGGCUGCGGCGAAGGUCGGUCCGCUCACCCAGAGCCUGGCUGCGGCACCCUGUCCGGCAGUGAGUGGCGGCGUGUUCGUCUUCUUCGCCGCUGUCGUCGCCGGAGCCUUAGUCUCCGCUUGCUGGAUGUCAACCAGUGCCAGAGCCAAUACUGCGGCUUUGCCAUCUUGCUACGGCAGCGGACGAAGCAAGUGAAAUUGCUGUUCCGGUACUGCGGCAGCGAGGCUACGCUGGACAUUGCCUUCCCUGACUGGUCAUUCUGGGGUUGGACGGAGCUCAACAUAAAGCCGUGGGAAGCACUGCGAAGGGAGAUAACAGAAGGGAACGCGACGGUGAACUGGACGGACAGAGCGCCGUACGGGUACUGGAAGGGGAACCCGACGGUGGGCGCCGGACGCCGGGACCUCCUCAGGACUGGAGGAAGGAGGUGCAGGAAGGGUUCCGGGAAUCGGACUUGUCCAAGCAAUGCACGCACAGGUACAAGAUCUAUGUCGAAGGCGCGGGGCUGGUCGGUGAGCGAGAAGUACAUCCUGGCGUGCGACUCGGUGGCGCUCAUGGUGCGGCCGAGGCUCCACGACUUCUUCUCGCGGGGGCUGACGCCGCUGCGGCACUACUGGCCCAUCCGCGACCGCGGCAAGUGCCCCUCCAUCAAAUUCGCCGUGGAUUGGGGCAACGCUCACACGGACAAGGCGCAGCAAAUCGGAGGGAACGCGAGCAGGUUCAUCCAGGAAGAGCUGACGAUCGACAACGUCCACGACUACAUGUUCCACCUUCUCACGGAGUACGCGAAGCAGCUACGGUACAAGCCCGCGGUGCCUCGCGGAGCCGUGGAGGUCACCGUCGAAUCCAUGACGCAGGGACGGCGGGGUCUGGAGAGGAAGUACAUGAUGGACACGGUGGUGACCGGUACGAGCAGCGAGGAUCCCUGCAGGCUGUAGCAGCCUUUCGGUUCUGAAGAACUGGAGACGCUGCGAAGAACGAAAGAAGGUGUGGUGAGGCAAAUGGAGGCCUGGGAGAAGCAUUGACAGCUGACAGAUAGAAGGGAGAGGAUGACAAGAUUUUUGUUACAAAAUUUAAUCAAAGAGGAUGGAUUCUUUAGGCAAACAAACAGAGCGAGUUUCUAAUGUUAAUAUUUGUGGAUUCGUCCUUUCAAACAAUACAUUUCACCCCUAUAAGGAACUCUACAUCUAGCCGAGAA